AUGACCCCUGGCAUUGCUGCCCACGCUCAUUACAUGCAACAUGUUGAGUUGCAACAGAUGCCACACAAGGUGAACAUUCGGCACCGCGGAGAAGACUGGGCAGGGAUAACGAAUCGGAAAGAGCGAAAGAAGCUGCAGAAUAGGCUGAACAAACGAGUUUCAAGGCAGAGGAAAAGAACAAAUGUUUACCACCGUGCCUCACCCGAUACUGCUUCCCCUGAUGUCAUUCCAACCCAGAAUUGUCAAUCAUACACUACGACGGUCUCUCCCCUAAACGACCCAGUGACGACUUUUGGUUACUGCACAGAGGAGAACAUCGCACAGAAGCGAGCUCUUCUCAAACAAUUCGCCGAGCAAGCUUUGACGAGUUACAAGACGGCUGACCCAUGUGCGGACCACCGCCUGAAACUCAUACAACUCAAUGUUGUGAACGGCUUUACCAGAAAUGCUGCCGCACUAGGCUUCAAAUUCGACUGGCUUAUUUGCGAGUGUAUUUCUCCAUUUGGACGGGACGCACGGGAUCACAAGCUGGGUACACCAUCCACAAUCUCCCUGCCAGGUAGCCUUAUGCCUACGAGCAUGCAAUUGAGAACAAGGCACCACCCAUGGCUUGAUCUAUUUCCGUUACCUAAAAUGCGCGACAAUCUGUUGUUGGCCACAAAUGUCAUAAGUGCCGAGGACGAGCAACUGCUAUUUGACGAUAUCAUGGAGUCGGGCGGAGGGAGGAGUGAAUGGGCUGGGCUCGUGGUUUGGGGAGAGCCAUGGGAUCCCCGCAGUUGGGAAAUCAGCGUUCCUUUCCUACAAAGAUGGGGAUGGCUGUUAAGAGGGUGCCCUGAGAUCAUAACAUCUACGAAUUAUUGGCGGAGCCAGAGGGAUGAGAGUCCUAUUGAGAAACCAGAUUUUAUCCACGAACAGCAUGAAUAUGAUUCAAGAGGGACCCGGACUUAG